AAAGGCCCAAUUCGGAUAUUAUCGCUUCCCAGCUCCGUCCGCGCCAACCCCGCCGCGAGAAGUGAUUUUUUUGGUAGGGGGCGUUACGCAUCCAACACGCGCUAAUGAUGUGCUUCUGGUUCCGCGGCUCAACACUGCUGUCUGCGGGGAGAGAGCUGGACCACUACGCGCCGCAAAAGGGCUCCCGUAUGCGCCGCCCGGACAGUCCCGACCGGACAGGUCUGUGAACUUCGAAAGCCAUCAGCGAACUGCUGUACGGUGAGCGAGAAAUAAUGCGCAACGUGCCGUCGCCUUUCUGAAAUAUUCCCUGUGCAUCUGCUCUCUCUGACGGGUGUGUUUAGAGUAAAGCGACGAAGAUUAGACGCAGUUGAUAGACGGUGUGGACGCUUUCCGAUGGUUAGUGUAGGUACAGGCGAUGGGCGGACAGUUCAUCGUAAGACUAUUUUGUCAUUUAAAAAAAAAUCAUUUUAAAUGAUAAAAUUUACCUGUGUUUUUGGAGUGUUCUUGUAAUGUCAUAAAUGUACUGUCAUUUUUUACGAGGCAAACAGCCAGUCAGGCUUGAGGGAGAACAAAAUAAAAUUAUCAGCCGUCACUCAAUUAUAACCAGCUGGAAUUUAAGCGCAGCACGUGCGCACAAUGCAGUUAUUAUAUGCGAACCCACCGCCUUGCAGUCCGUCCGUGUCUAAUAAUGCGGUUGCACAUAACCGUAUUUGACGUACGGCGCAUUUGACAUUCGUUAUGCUGUCUGCUUGCAAGUGUUUAAAUCGACGCACUCAAAACAUUUCCCUUCCCACUUCCUGUUUCUCCACGAGCAGCCUCAAGCGCGCGUGUCUUCGGUAAACGCGAAUAACAUAUAACGUUUGUUAGCGGGGAAGAUUUCAUUAUUCGAUUUUAAAAUAACUAGCUGCAUACCUUAAAAUAAAACAACUAUGGAAAAAGAACUUCACAGUGACCCAGGUGGCGAUAGUGGAAGCUGAGCUGGGAUGCAGUUAUGGCAGGGGGCAGCGGCGGUGUAGUGGGGAGCAGGUAGGCCGGUGCCCCACCCCAGACGGCCACACGGGGGAGUGGCUGGCCCCUGGGGCCCGGUGGCAGAGCUAGCCCCUGGGGCCUGGUGGCGCAGCUAGCCCCUAGGGCCGGGUGGUGGAGCUAGCCCCUGGGGCCCGGUGGUGGAGCUAGCCCCUGGGGCCUGGUAGCGGAGCGAGCCCCUGGGGCCCGGUGGUGGAGCUAGCCCCUGGGGCCCGGUGGCGGAGCUAGCCCCUGGGACCCGGUGGCGGAGCUAGCCCCUGGGACCCGGUGGUGGAGCUAGCCCCUGGGGCCUGGUGGCGGAGCUAGCCCCUUGGGCCUGGUGGUGGAGCUAGCCCCUGGGGCCCGGUGGUGGAGCUAGCCCCUGGGGCCUGGUGGCAGAGCUGUGCGCGAUGGAGCAGACGGUGAGCGUGGAGAGGCAGCGGUUGGCCCGGAAACGCAGGGCCCAGCAGCUGAAGAGGUGGGCCGCCUGCGAGAGGGACCUGCAGGGCAAGAAGAGCAAGGCUGAGAAACGCCAUGGCUCCGCCCACGGCCCCGCCCACAGCCACACCCACGGCCCCGGAAAACACGUCACCUUUACCGCCACUGUGGAGCUUCUGGAGGCUGCUGCUCGGAAUGACUUGGAGGAAGUGAGGUACCUGCUGGAGAACAGCGUGAGUCCAGACCUGUGUAACCAGGACGGCCUCACCGCCCUGCACCAGUGCUGCAUUGAUGACCAUGAGGACAUGCUGAAGGUCCUGUUGGACGGGGGGGCCAGUGUCAAUGUGCGGGACAGGGAGCAGUGGACCCCCCUGCACGCUGCGGCCACCUGCGGUUACACCGGGCUCGUCCACACCCUCAUCCAGCAGGGUGCAGAUCUCUUGGCGGUAAACUCCGAUGGGAACAUGCCCUAUGACCUGUGUGAGGAUGAUUUGGUACUUGACAUCAUUGAAGCAUCGAUGGCCAAUCACGGCAUCACUCAGGCGAUGAUAAACGAGAGACGUGCGGCCCUGGAGCAGAGGAUGCUGGGAGAUAUCCAGACGCUGCUGCGGGACGGUGAGGACGUUAACCAGCAGGACUCCCAGGGGGCCACACUGCUGCAUGUAGCUGCGGCGCAUGGUUUACUGCAGGCUGCUGAGCUGCUGCUGCAGGGAGGGGGGAGGACUGAGAUUCAGGACAGAGACGGGUGGCAGCCGCUCCACGCUGCCGCCUGCUGGGGACAGGUGCAUGUUGCUGAGCUGCUGGUCUCCCAUGGUGCUAGUCUGAAUGCCAGGACCUGGCUUGACGAGACUGCCAUUGACCUGUGUGAAGACGAGCAGUUUCGGGCUGUUCUUCUGGACCUCAAACACAAGCGUGAUGUCAUCAUGAGGUCACAGCUCAGGCACACCACCCCACUGUGCAGACGGUCGUCCAGUACAGGCAGCCGCGGGAAGUUGGUGAGGAGGACCAGCCUGUCAGACAAGAACAGGCUUCACAGACAGGAGUAUGAGACCAUAGCCGUUCUGUGGAUGGGGGAUCGGAAUGAGGAAGAGGAGGAAGAAGAUGAUGAUGGGGAGAAAGAGAGUAACCAGGUCGACAGCCAAUCAGUAAAUGACCAGGAGGGUCUCACACCGGAGGGAGGGACCCACAACAGCCUGGUCCCCGCAGCAACGGCUGCUCCAGCAGACCCCCCCUGUGCGGGGGAUUGCCAGGACCCGGUUAUUUGGGAUGUUCCGCGCCCCCCACUCCCCGAGGGUCUGUGGUCUGGUGGGCGGGGCCUCACCCUGUUUGAGCUGAAGAAGCAGAGGGCGGCGGCCAGAAAUCUUGGCCACGCCCACCCGAAUUGUCACCUGGGCAAUGGGUCGGGGGGGCCUGGCUCAGAGGAGGACUUGCCCCCGCCCCUGCUGGCGACCAAUGGCAGUGCGGUUUUCUAUACCCCCGCCAGCGGGGACCCGCCCCUCCUCAGACUGAAGCAGCCAUUGGAGGAGCUGGAGGUCAAAGGUCGCGGCUGCUGUAGGAUCUCCUAGCAGAGCGGAUGUGAGCACUGGACCUGCAGGGAGGAGGUGUGUGUGUGUGUGUGUGUGUGUGCGUGUGUGUGCAUGACC